UAUUUUGCUCACCAAAGCCUAACACACCUCCUCUUCCCCCUUCCUCUUCCUCAUCCCCUUCCCCUUCCUUCCUCCUACGCUAUAAAUACCGUUAUUGUCUGCUCCUAUAUCUCGUUUCCUUUUCUCUAAUCUCUCUCUCUCUCUCCUUGCUUGCUUCUGUGGUUUAACCGCUGACCCAUUUGGAACCAAUUCCUUGCGGUUGCCCUGCGGGUGGUGCCAGAAUCCAACCCAAUCGCUUGGUGUGAGGGGUUUAUCGUUGGGAUUUGAGGAUUUGGGGCUGGAAUCGAGUUUCAUACCCCGAUCGCCGCUUGGGAUCGAGGGAUUUCCCCUGUUUGGGCCUCUAAGUCGGUGCUUGAUUGAGGGUUUCUCCACCGAUUUCUGCUGUUCCUGAUUAGGUCCUAGAUCCUCGAGCACUUGAUUUCGUAGUAGAGUUGAAGGGUGCGAUUCUCCUAUUGAUCUAUUAUUUUUCCCUUUGUUGUAUUGUUGUGCUGGUGUUUUGAUGCACCGGGUGUUUUUUCUUGAUUCUGGAUGCUUAGAUUGUCGUAGUUCUUGAAACCUUUCCUGUUGAUUGUUGGAAUUCCGACGGAGGAAGGAAAGUUGAUGCCUUGGGGGAGUUCCCUAGCUGUAGGUAUGGAAUAUGCCCUGGCAACUGUGGAUUCGUUUCUGCUUUGUUGUGUAGAUGAUGUUUUUGGGAGGAGAAGGUGCCUAUUUCUUGCCGUGGAAUUCUUUUUCAUAUCAGUUUCUCUAGCUUUCCAGAACAUUGGAAUCUAUGUUGUUUGCAGCUUAUAUCUUGUUCACUUAGAUAUAUAUGGGCUGAUUCUGGCAUUUCAUGGGAGGUGUAGAAGACAAUGAACCACCCUCAAAACGUGUCAAAACAUCCUCACUAGAAUUGGAGAACCUCUCAAAUACUUCGUCUCUUUCUGAGUUCAUCAAUCCUUUGGGAGGCCUAAUGGCCAGGCCUUUACCAUCCCAAGGGAGAGAAGACAUGGUCGGUUCUAAAGGAGUUAUUAAGAAAGUAGAAUUUGUGCGAAUUAUUACCAAGGCUCUUUAUUCUCUUGGUUAUGAGAGAAGUGGAGCAGUUCUGGAGGAAGAGUCAGGAAUACCCUUGCACUCUUCUGCAGUCGAUAUCUUCCGGAAGCAAGUUCUUGAAGGGAAUUGGGAUGAAAGUGUGAUUGCACUGCAAAAAAUAGGUCUUGAUGAUGAAAAUAUUCUGAAGUCUGCAUCCUUUUUAAUUUUGGAGCAAAAGUUCUUAGAACUUUUGGGAAAGAACAGGGUAAUGGAAGCAUUGGACACAUUGAGAAGUGAUAUCACUCCACUUAGCAUUAACAAAAAGCGAGUGCAUGAGCUUUCCUGUUGUGUCAUAUCUCCUUCACAGCAUAUGUUACUUGGGUUUGCUAGUUUGGAAAUAGAAACUUCAAAUGCACGAAUGAGGCUUUUAGAGGAAUUGCAGAAACUGCUUCCUCCAUCGAUCAUGAUACCUGAAAGGAGACUGGAGCACUUGGUUGAACAGGCACUUAGAGUCCAAAGAGAAGCUUGCUACUUUCACAACUCCCAUGAAAGCUGUUUUUCAUUGUACACUGAUCAUCAGUGUGGAAAGGACCAGCUACCUUCUCAUACAACUCAGGUAUUGCGAGAACACCAUGAUGAAGUAUGGUUUUUGCAGUUCUCAAACCAAGGAAAAUAUUUGGCAUCAUCGUCAAUUGAUAGAUCUGCAAUUAUAUGGGAGGUUCGUGAAGAUGGAGAACUAACACUGAAGCACAAGCUAUCUGGUCAUCUGAAGCCUGUUCUAAUGGUUGCUUGGAGCCCUGAUGACAGCCAGCUUCUAACUUGUGGAAUGGAAGAAGUUGUUAGGCGCUGGGACGUUCACUCUGGUGAAUGCCUCCAUGUAUAUGAAAAAAAUGGUGUUGGAUUGAUAUCCUGUGGCUGGUUUCCGGAUGGAAAAGAACUCUUUUCUGGUGUUACAGAUAGGACUAUUUGCUUCUGGGAUUUGGAUGGAAAGGAGCUGGAUUCUUGGAAAGGGCAGCGAACAAGUAAAACUUCUGAUGUUGCUGUCACAAAAGAUGGUAGACAUAUGAUAAGUUUGUGCCGAGAAACUGUGAUUUUGUUGCUAGAUAGGGAAACAAAGACUGAGAGGCUGAUAGAAGAGGAACAGACAAUUACUUCAUUCUCACUAUCAAAGGAUGAUAAGUUUUUGCUUAUAAAUCUGAUAAACCAGGAGAUUCAUUUGUGGAACAUAAAGGAUGAUCCAAAACUAGUUACCAGAUAUAAAGGUCACAAGCGCAGUCGGUUUUUAAUAAGGUCUUGUUUUGGAGGAACUGAGCAGGCUUUCAUUGCCAGUGGAAGUGAAGAUUCACAGGUGUACAUAUGGCAUCGAAGUUCAGGAGAUCUUAUUCAAACUCUUCCUGGUCAUUCUGGCACCGUCAACUGUGUCAGCUGGAACCCAUCGAAUCCUCACAUGCUUGCAUCCGCCAGUGACGACCACACGAUCCGUAUUUGGGGAUUAAACAGGGUGAAUCUGAAACGCAAGGAGAUCUACAGCAACGGAACGGUUCACCUGUGCAACGGAAACAUCAAAUGAAUUAAGAUAGCAGUCAAGUACCUUGACUCUGCAUCAUCGACUGUUUAAAUCCUUGUCCACGGCUUCGGUGGCAAAUGCGCCUGUAAUGACACAGUUGCUGUUUGCUGAUAUGAAGUCUAAUGACUGUUUUAGUUUGGACGGUAAUUUCUUCGAUUGAAGCAGGAUAAAAAUUUCAGUCGUUGACAUUGGUCUGUUAAUUUCAUGGCAAUUUGCUGUUGGCCUCUUUGGAAAUUACUUGUGUGCAGUUUAUGUUGA